CAAAGGGUAGGAAAUCUAGACCCUGGGGUCUUGGGAGUUAUUUCCCCCUGGGAGGCCUAAGUCACAUUAGAUGGAUGCAAUGCAAGAGCAAGAACACAGGCUUUGGGGCCCAUCCUAGUCCUGCUUAUUAGCUGUGGGGCCUUGGGUGGGAUGGCAAGCUCACUGAUCCUUAAACAAGAUAGAGUGACAAUAGGAGCUUCACAGGGCUGGUGUGUGGACAAAUGGAUUAGAGCCUAGGAAAAGCUCUUGGUGCCACUAUAGGGGCCCUGUGAAGGCCAUUUCCCGCCCCUCUUUUCCUGUGGCUCCUCCACCUGAAAUGUAUUGGCACACUGGGAGGAGGGGAGCAUAGCUAUUCACUGAGCUCUUCGUAUGUGCGAGGCAUGAGGAAUUCAGAACAAAACAGACCUCAUACUUCCUGUCUUGGGGUUUUCCAUCCAGCAAAGGAGACAGAUAAAACAAUUCCAAAGACCAUAAGCUGCAAUUACAAACUAUAAUUGAUACACCUGUAACCUCUGUAAGUGGGGAAUGGGUUCUGUUUGGGUAGGCAGGCAGGGAGAGCCUCUCUGGGAAAGAGGCUAAGGACACAGGGAACUGGGACUGGAGGGUCAGCAUAUGCCAAGGUCCUGGGGCUGGAGAGAGUCUGGCUGUGAGAUCUACAGGAAGGAGGCCUGCAAGCCAGGAGAAUGGCAGGAGAGGAGGCAAGGCUCUUGUAAAUCAAGGUAAAGGAUUUGGAUUUGGAUCUAGCUUAAAGGGCAACAAGAAGCUAUUGAUCAAGCAAGUGACAUGAUGAGGUUUACCAGGAUAUUUCUGGCUCCUGGCCCUUGGGGAGCUCUGAUUUGUAUGUGCUUAGCUCCUCUCCCAUGGCCCAGUGUUGGCUCUGCAGGCCGCUCUGUGAGAGGACCUUACACUCUCCCACAGGCUGGGGUAUAGUGGGCAGAGAGAGUCCAGGCUAGGUCCUCAUGGAGACCAGUUCUGGAGGAACCCACUUGUGUGGUACGGCAGGCCAGAGCCCAGCCUGCACUCCCACCAUCACCCCAUCUUCUGGCUCUCUGGGAGGCCCCUGGGUGAGAGAGGGAGGGAGUAUGGGUUCCCUGAUUGGAGCAGCCUGGAUGAGGGGCUUCUGGUAGCUGCCUAUGCCCCCACCAUGAGUCAAUGGCAGGCAGCCUCCUAGGUGUGUCUUCAUGAAAUAAUCAGUGUGAUUUUGGGGAAAAAACGUUCUGCCAGAUCCAAACUAGAAAGUUCUGCAUUAGGGAAUGCAGAAAUCCCAGGGGCUGGACCCCACAGGCCCUUUCUGUGUUGGAGCAGACAGACUGCCCUGAUCUUCCAGCACCCUUGAGAUGCCCACAGAGGCCGGGGGAACUUGCAACUUCUGCCUACUGCUGUGAAGGGCCAGGGCAGGAUGGUGCUGUGGGGCCUGGAGGCUGGAGGAAGGAGGGUCCUGUGACCCCUUCAGCUUGUACCUUGCCCUGUUACUUAGUCUUGAGCCGAGCAGAGAACCAAGGGAAAAGGCAGAGAGAUUCACUGUGAGCUAUCCCAAAGAGUAGAAUUUGGGACUCCUGUCUCAUCAGCUCCCCUGGGAAUGAGAGGCUAAUGAAUCAGCCCCUGAACUUAACCUUGGAGACUCAGCCACUGCCGUCAGCAAACUUGAAAUGAUGUAACCUGACCUUCGGCAUGGGGGGUGGUGAUAUACAGGGACCUGGGAAGAGGAAGCAGUGGCCAGGAGGCUGAGUAGUGGACAGAACUCAGGUCCAACCCAGCCUAGGCCAGGAAGGCACGAGGCGGAGUCCCCCUGACAUAGAUGUCACAGAAGAAUUCAGGGGCAGAGUGCUUGCGGCGGGGAGGAUGUGCUAUCUGAGCGAGUGGCCCAAGUCCUUUCUGAAAGCAUUUAUCCGGCACUAUAGCCACCGUCAGGUGGAUUUCCUGAUUGAAAACGACGCAGAGAAGGACUACCUCUACGAUGUGCUGCGGAUGUACCACCAAACCAUGGACGUGGCUGUGCUUGUGGGAGACCUGAAGCUGGUCAUCAAUGAGCCCAGCCGCCUGCCGUUGUUUGAUGCCAUCCGACCCCUGAUCCCACUGAAGCACCAGGUGGAAUAUGAUCAGCUGACCCCGCGGCGCUCCAGGAAGCUGAAGGAGGUGCGUCUGGACCGUCUGCACCCCGAAGGCCUCGGGCUCAGUGUGCGUGGUGGCUUGGAGUUCGGCUGUGGGCUCUUCAUCUCCCACCUCAUCAAAGGCGGCCAGGCAGACAGCGUUGGGCUCCAGGUAGGGGAUGAGAUCGUCCGGAUCAAUGGAUAUUCCAUCUCCUCCUGCACCCACGAGGAGGUCAUCAACCUCAUCCGCACCAGGAAGACUGUGUCCAUCAAAGUGAGAUACAUUGGCCUGAUCCCUGUGAAGAGCUCUCCCGAUGAGCCCCUCAAAUGGCAGUACGUGGAUCAGUUUGUGUUGGAAUCAGGGGGUGGACGGGGCAGCCUGGGCUCCCCCGGGAAUCAGGCAAGCAAGGAGAAGAAGGUCUUCAUCAGCCUGGUGGGCUCCCGGGGCCUUGGCUGCAGCAUUUCCAGUGGCCCCAUCCAGAAACCCGGCAUCUUCAUCAGCCAGGUGAAGCCCGGCUCGCUGUCUUCGGAGGUGGGGCUGGAGACGGGGGACCAGAUUGUGGAAGUCAAUGGCAUUGAUUUCUCCAGCCUGGACCACAAGGAGGCCGUGAACGUGCUGAAGAGCAGCCGCAGCCUGACCAUCUCCAUUGUAGCUGGAGCUGGCCGGGAGCUGUUCAUGACAGAUCGGGAGCGGCUGGCGGAGGUGCGGCAGCGUGAGCUACAGAGACAGGAGCUGCUGAUGCAGAAGCGGCUGGCCAUGGAGUCCAACAAGAUCCUCCAGGAGCAGCAGGAGAUGGAGCAGCAAAGGAGAAAGGAAAUUGCCCAGAAGGCAGCAGAGGAAAACGAGAGAUACCGGAAAGAGAUGGAACAGAUCAUGGAGGAGGAAGAGACGUUUAAGAAGCAGUGGGAAGAAGACUGGGGCUCAAAGGAACAGCUCCUCUUGCCCAAAACCAUCACCACGGAGGUGCAUCCAGCUCCCCUUCGCAAGCCAAAGUAUGAUCAGGGAGUGGAGCCUGAGCUCAAGCCCGAAGACGACCUGGAUGGAGGCACAGAGGAGCAGGGAAAGCAGAAAGGAAAAGAUAAGAAGAAAGCCAAGUAUGACAGCUUGCAGGAGUUGAGAAAGAAUAAGAAGGAGCUGGAGUUUGAGCAAAAGCUUUACAAAGAGAAAGAGGAAAUGCUGGAGAAGGAAAAGCAACUCAAGAUCAACCGAUUGGCCCAGGAGGUAUCUGAGACUGAGCGGGAAGACCUUGAGGAAUCUGAAAAGACUCAGUACUGGGUGGAAAGGCUCUGUCAGACGCGCCUGGAGCAGAUUUCCUCUGCUGAUAAUGAGAUUCCAGAGAUGACCACAGGGCCCCCACCUCCCCCGCCUUCUGUGUCUCCCCUGGCCCCACCCUUGAGACGCUUCGCAGGUGGUCUGCACCUCCACACCACCGACCUGGAUGACAUCCCCUUGGACAUGUUCUACUAUCCCCCCAAGACUCCCUCAGCCUUGCCUGUUAUGCCCCACCCUCCACCCUCCAACCCCCCUUCCAAGGUCCCUGCACCCCCUGUGCCUCCGUCCUCGAGCCACGUGAGUGCCUCACCCUCACCCUGGGUGCAGCGCAGUCCACCCCCCCCCCCNNNCCCGCCCCCUCCAUCCAUUCCCACCCAAAACCUCACUCCUACCCGCCCACUGCCCUCGGCACUGGAAGAGGCACUGGGCAACCACCCGUUCCGCCCUGGGGACACAGGCAACGGAUCAGAGGACUGGGAGGCAAAGAACCACGGUGGGAAACCCACCAGCUCCCCUGUCCCUGAACGAAGCUUCCUGCCCACCGCAAAGACAUUUUGCCCAAGUCCACAGCCUCCACGGGGCCCUGGCGUGUCCACCAUCUCCAAACCUGUCAUGGUCCACCAGGAGCCCAAUUUCAUCUACAGACCAGCUGUGAAGUCUGAGGUCCUGCCUCAGGAGAUGUUGAAGAGGAUGGUGGUUUAUCAGACAGCAUUCCGACAAGAUUUCCGGAAAUAUGAGGAAGGCUUUGACCCCUACUCCAUGUUCACCCCAGAGCAGAUCUUAGGGAAGGAUGUUCGGCUCCUGCGCAUCAAGAAGGAGGGCUCCUUAGACCUGGCCCUGGAAGGUGGUGUGGACUCCCCAGUUGGGAAGGUGGUCGUCUCUGCUGUGUACGAGGGGGGAGCAGCUGAGCGGCAUGGUGGCCUUGUGAAGGGGGAUGAGAUCAUGGCGAUCAAUGGCAAGAUCGUGACGGACUAUACCCUGGCCGAGGCAGAGGCCGCCCUGCAGAAGGCCUGGAAUCAGGGCGGGGACUGGAUUGACCUCGUGGUCGCCGUCUGCCCCCCCAAGGAGUACGACGACGAGCUCUCUUCUCUUCCCUCCUCUGCAGCCGAAAGCCCCCAGCCGGUCCGAAAGCUCCUUGAAGCCGGUGCUCUCGUGUACAGACAGGGGUUUCUCCUGCAGCUGGAGCCCACGGUGAAUAGGCAGGUGGCCGCAGGCCAUCUGUCCAUGCCACAUGUGGUGGCCACAUGCUGCCCAUGCUGCCGGCGGGUUCUUUGGACUAGUAUCUGGCAGGGACACGAAGCACCACCCAGUCUGGAGUGCUGGUUUGGGAUGCGGGUGUCCUGACUGCCCUUGUGAAUGGGCUCAGGUCUCCACAGGGGCACCUAGUGAGCCAGGGAGAGCCCUGAUCUCUGUUCUCUGUUGGCCUACCUGAUGCUCAAGCCAGGCAUCUGGGCUGGGAGAGCCCACAGGAGUCCAGCCUGAAUGUCCCCCGAGGGGUGUCCUCAGCCACAUGUGCCUCCCUGUCCCCUGGGUGCCACCCUGCUGGAGCUCCUGCUCCACCUGGCCCAGGCUCGGGCAGAGCCAGGCCUGUUACGAGGUCUUCAAGGCUGGUCCAAAGAACUAGGGGUGAUGGAUUCGCAUUGCUCAUGUCCUGUCGUGGCCUCAACCCAAGCUCUCCUCUGCCUCUUCCCUCCCUUGAUCAGGACUCUUAUCUGUGGGACACAUGGUGGAGCUCAGCUUUGGGAUGUGGAUUCCUCCCUGUGCUGGCUGGCUGUGGAACUGUGUUGGAUGUGGCCUGAAGCCCACAGAUGGCACCUGGGGCAGACCCAAGCCUGGACUCUUACAAAUUGGCCUUUCUCUCACAAGUUUUCCAAAACAUCCGGGCCUUUAGCUCCCAGGACAGUUGGCCUACUGAACUAUGGCUCCUGGGGUGGCCUACGUGGCCCUCUGUUUUCUGUCACUUGCUCUUCUAAGGGACCCUGCUCCUCUUCCUCAGAGUCCCCUCAGCUCCCCUCCUAGAAUCCUUUCUGUUUUCUCCCUGCCUCCUGUGUGCUGUGGCCAUGGCUGGUGUGUAGCUGCUUGGGCCACACCAAGGGGGUUGCUGUGUGGUUGGCAGGGCCUUGGGCUUCUAGGAAAGGGACGCCCAGUGUGGGGUCUCACCCAGGGCUGUGUCACUCACAAGGCCUACACCUGCCU